AUGAAACUCAAUCUGGAGGUGGAAAACUAUCGUUCAGCCAUGAGCAAGAUGGCAGACGACAUCAUAGCGCUGAGGACACGGGUGGUGACAUUGGAGGCAGAAAACAGUCAGCUCCGCAUUGAUCUGUCUCUGCACCAGGACCUUGGCCGUGAUCUGCUCAGCGAUACAGACAUUGACGUCAUGACCAAGGCUGAGAUUUCUGACCAUAUAGCCUCUCUGAAAUUCAAGCUAGCCAGUGAGACCAGUAAGGCGGCCUUGCAAAGAGACCGGAUCCAACAACUGCAAAAUGAAUUGAUCAAGAAGAAUGACAGUGAGAAGGAGCUACUAAAACUUCAGAGAGUCCACCAGCAGCAGCAGGAGGAUCUGCAGUGCCACCAGAAUCUCUUGACAAAGAUGGCAACUUUGGAGGCUACAGUGAAACAGCAGGAAAAGGUAAUUCAGAACAUGGAGAAAGCAUUAUAUAGCAAACUCAGAGAGAAGAACAAGAGUGGUGACAAAAGGCUGGUGGCAAAAAAGCAAAGAGGUGAGAUUGACCGCAGAAAGGAAGAGAUGGAGUCAGCCCUGGCAGCAGAAAACACUCGUCUCAGAGAAGAGCUGGAUAGGAUUCGCCUGCAGCCUGCUGCAGUCAUUAUUCAGCAGUCAGCACAGACAAAAGACGCACUGCCACUCAAGGAGAGACUGAGUUUACUGAACAAACUAGAGAAGGCUGAGGCAAGAGCCCAAACACUGGAAACCCAGCUGGAGGAAAACUCUAAAUUAUGGGGGAGAGAGAAACAAGACAUGUUGACCAAACUGAGUGAGCACAGGCAUGGCUUUGUCCGGACCUCCACCACAAUCCUUCAUAAUGUUCCAUCGGUCAGCUGAGUGCAGUUAGCAUUA